AAUUUUAGAAAACGAAAGAACAAAAAUGAACAGAAUUAAAACGCAGUCGCUUGAAGCAAGCAAAAAACCAAUCAGCGAGCAGAGGCUGCUACAACAACAAAUAGAGUAAAAUAAAAACAGAAGCCGCAUAGCCAAAACGCGAGCGAGUCCAGCAACAGCGACGUCUCCAUAAUAAUAUUAUCUUUAACAACAGCAACAACAACAACAACAACAAGUACUACAACAACAACAACGACAGUCGAGCUGAGUGGGCGUCGGCUAGCGUUGGCAAGGACAGCCACCAAGAGCGACACGAACGCUGAACGCUGAACGUUGGCGUUGACGUUGACGUUGACGUCUCCCUCGCCGUCUCCCUCGCCGUCUCUCUGUCGUCCCGCUGCCGUGUGCGUCGCCUUUGCCGUCGCACGGUCCGCGAAUCAAUUUCCGUUGCGGUGGCCGUUUCAGUUUUGAUUUCAACGUCGCUAGCGCCACGCGUGUCGCGAAUCCCUAAUGGCGCAGCUGCUCGCCCAGCGAAUUAACACAAGUGCAAGAGAUUGAGACCAAGACCCAGACCGAGUGCGAGUGCGAGUUCGAGUUCGAGUUCGAAUCCGUUUGAGAGGCUAGCGAAAGCGGGCCAAGAGCAGCCGCAACAGCUGCAAGUGAAACCAAGCAAAAAGCUACAAAAAGAAUAUUUGAGAAAGCGAGUGAAAGAGCUCCUGUCCGUGCCGUGCCUGUGACUGUGACUGUGACUGUGACUGUGUCUGUGUCUGUGUCUAUGCUAAAGUCAAGUCAAAUGCCAGCUAGUCCGUGUCUGGAGCUGGGCCAUCUGCCCGCAUUAUCCAGCGCUGCGGCGACAACAACAACAACGAUGCGACACAGAAGCAGCGCCACAAGGAUACGCAAAAGACUUUGCCGCUGCAGUGGCCAGCGGCCAGAGAUGCAACCAGAGCCAGCGGCACAGCUCGAGUCGCCACUGGCGACAGCAACAGCCACAGCAACUGGAACUGCAACUGCAACUGCAACCACAAUACGACGCACCACAACGAGCCCAAGGAGCAGCCCCGGCCUCAGUCUGAGGCUGAUCGGCGCCACGGCGGCGCUGACCACGGCUGCCGUGCUGCACACAACGAACGCGCUGACCGCCACGGCCGGCGCCCUCGAUGCCGUCGCACUGCCGCUGCAAGGCACUGCCACGCCCCUGCCCGCCACACACGAUCUGAAUGCCACGCUGCUGAGCAGCACGUCCGGCGCGCUCUACAACGACAGCAGAGCCACGCUGGAUGCAGGACUUGCCGCAGCCGAGGGGGCCGAGGAUUGGUUCGACGAUCUGAUCUGGGUGCUCAAGGCAUCCGUCAUGCUGUUAAUCAUCAUUGCGGCCAUCUGCGGCAAUCUGCUUGUUAUUAUUUCUGUGAUGCGUGUUAGAAAAUUAAGAGUUAUAACGAAUUACUUUGUAGUUUCCUUAGCCAUGGCUGAUAUAAUGGUCGCUAUUAUGGCCAUGACAUUUAACUUUAGUGUGCAAGUAACUGGGCGCUGGAACUUCAGCCCCUUCCUGUGCGACCUGUGGAACAGCUUGGACGUGUACUUCUCAACUGCAAGCAUUUUGCAUUUAUGCUGCAUAUCAGUGGAUAGAUACUAUGCCAUUGUGAAGCCGCUCAAGUAUCCGAUUAGCAUGACAAAACGCGUGGUUGGCAUUAUGCUGCUGAACACAUGGAUAUCGCCGGCGCUGCUCUCGUUCCUGCCCAUCUUCAUCGGCUGGUAUACGACAGACAAGCACAAGGUAUUCGUGAAGGAGCAUCCCGAGCAGUGCUCGUUUGUGGUGAACACUUACUAUGCCAUCAUAUCGAGCUCGAUUUCGUUCUGGAUACCCUGCACCAUAAUGAUUUUCACUUAUCUGGCCAUUUUCCGUGAGGCCAACCGGCAGGAGAAGCAGCUGAUGAUGCGCCAUGGCAAUGCGAUGCUCAUGCAUCGCCCAUCGAUGCAGCCAUCAGGCGAGGCGCUGAGCGGCUCGGGCUCAUCGAAAACGUUGACACUGCAUGAGGUCGAGCAGGAGCACACCCCGACAAAGGACAAACAUUUAAUCAAAAUGAAGCGGGAGCACAAGGCCGCACGCACUCUGGGCAUCAUCAUGGGCACCUUCAUUCUCUGCUGGCUGCCAUUCUUCGUGUGGUACACGCUCUCCAUGACCUGCGACGCGUGCCAGGUGCCAGACAUUGUGGUCUCGAUACUCUUCUGGAUUGGCUACUUCAACUCCACGCUCAAUCCGCUGAUCUACGCGUACUUCAAUCGCGACUUCCGGGAGGCCUUCCGCAACACGCUGCUCUGCCUGUUCUGCAACUGGUGGAAGGACCGGCACAUGCCGCUGGACAUUGACAUACGGCGCUCCAGCCUGCGCUACGAUCAGCGCGCGAAGAGCGUCUACUCGGAGAGCUAUCUCAAUUCGAACACGCCCUCGCAUCGCCGCCAGUCACAGAUGGUGGACAACUUAUAAUACAGGGACGAGGCGCUGCUGACGCCCAUUGCCCAGCAGCAGCAGCGGCUGGCGGCUGGCGCCGCGCCCGGUUCCCGGCUGGAUAACCCCAGGCCCAAGCCCAGUCUGGGCAGCCUGUCGGCCGAGGAUGUGCAGGAGAUACAGAUCGAGAUACCCAUGGAGUACAUCAACAAAUGGAACAAGAACAACAAUGCAGCAGCCGCCACGGCCUCCAGUCAUGUGUAAGAGACUGCCAGCAGCAGCAGCAGCAGCAGCAGCAGCAGCCACA